UUCCUGUUGCUAAAGUCGGGUUUUUGUGAUUGUCCCUCGCUGCUUCCCGUCCGCACCGUACGAGCUGCUCUCCUCAUCCUCCUUCUCAGAAAUGGCUGAAGCUCCCACACGGCCCUGCCGGUUUUUUUGUCACCGGUGUUCAGCAGAGAUUAGUCCGCGGUUACCGGACUACACGUGCCCACGCUGUGAAUCUGGAUUUAUUGAGGAAUUGCCAGAGGACAGAAGCACUGAAAAUGGGUCCGCUUCCACAUCCUCUUCCAGCGAUCAAAACCGCCCGACCUUUGAGAACAUGGAUCACCAACACUUGUUCACCUUUCCCUCCGGGUAUGGGCCGUUCGCCCUUGGGAUUUUUGAUGAAAACUUCGACCUUCGAACGCGGCUGCCCACAGAGGACAACCGGGAGACAGAGAACAGGAGGGAGCGGGAAAUGGCCUCACGGCAACGAUACAGUGCGCGGCAACCGCGGGGUCGUCAUGUUCCUCGGCGGCAGGGUACGCGCCACGAAGGAGUGCCCACUUUAGAGGGAAUUAUCCAGCAGCUAGUAAAUGGAAUCAUAGCACCGACAGCUAUGCCAAAUAUGGGGAUGGGACCAUGGGGUAUGCUACAUUCCAAUCCAAUGGACUACGCCUGGGGUGCAAAUGGACUUGAUGCUAUCAUUACACAGUUAUUAAACCAAUUUGAAAACACAGGUCCGCCACCUGCAGACAGAGAAAGGAUAAAGAGUUUACCCACCGUUACCAUCACAGAGGAACACGUCGGUGCUGGUUUAGAGUGUCCUGUCUGCAAAGAAGACUACAGUGUUGAAGAGAGUGUUAGGCAACUACCAUGCAAUCAUUUGUUUCACAAUGACUGUAUAGUACCCUGGCUGGAACAGCACGACACGUGUCCUGUGUGCAGGAAGAGUCUUAGUGGACAGAACACAGCCACAGACCCACCAGGGUUAUCAGGAAUGAACUUCUCUCCCUCGUCCUCCUCCUCCUCUUCCCCGAGCUCACCUAGCAACGAAAACGCUGCCAGCAACUCUUAGAUUUUCCCACCGCCUCACUCAUGAAAACAUCACACCCUGCUGAGACCCAGCAGCUCCUCACGACAGCAGCGACCAGAACGGUUUUCAGUCUCAGUUCUAGGGGACUGAGAGUCGAGGUGAACUCUGUUGUAGGCUUUUAGUCAUCAUUCCUCCCCCUGUGCUGUAUACACGCUGGGUCCAGCUCCUGCUGCUAUUGUAAUCGAGUGUAUGAGGAAGUGAGACCGAGCUAAAGGAGGAUCUAGAACGGAUAUGAUGUGAAAUAUAAUAAUAACAGUGAGACUGAGACCAGACCCGGAGCAGAGUUUUUAACCAGAGUGGACUGCUUUUUGAUGGAAUCAUGCCCUUGCCUCCAGCCUGGGACACAUUUUAUAUUUAAAGACAAUUUUUUUUAUAAACAUUGCCUGUGGUGGUGCAGAGUCCAUAGAUGUGUAGAUAGAGACUUCAUUCUGAACUGUCACUGUACAGCUAACGGAUCAAGCGAAACCCUUGUGCGAAGAGUAUGCAUUUGAUUAUAUUUAUUUGCACUUUUAUUUUGCACAGUAUUCUUCUGAUGUUGAGAAUGUGAAUCUGGGGAAACUACUGAAAACAAACAAGCAGACUUUUUUUUUUGCAUUAAAUGAAUCUUUGAGGAUUUGUUUUCCUUUCUCUUCUUAUUAGAUUCUUUUUUUUAUUGGAGCUUGAUCUGGUGUGUUUGGUGUAUCUUGACAAGGUACAGAUCGUUACUGCUACUGCUCUGCAGUGGAGGGAUUUUUAUUCUUCUGGUGAAAAAUGUCACUUGUGUGUUUAUUGAACCUUUGCCCAAAAUACAAAUUGAACAAUGUAAAAGAAAUGAAAAGGCACAGAUCAUCUUACCUCUAGAGAAAUGGCCAAAUGUGUUUAUUAUUUUAUUUCAGAUUUUUUUUUUUUUUUUUUGUAAAGCCACAAUAAAAUCCUAAAACAGA